AUGCACGUCACCGCGGCCGAGGUACGGACGACCCCGGCCCUGCUGCUGCUGCUAAUGUGGCAGUGGCUGCUCCUCAUCAUCCCUCCGUGCAGCAACGAGCCGCUGGUACUUAUGAUGGGGGCCAAGGUGAAGGGUCUGGAGACGACUGUGAGCAACAGGACCGUGUGGAAGUUCCUGGGCAUCCGCUACGCCAAGUCAACGGCCGGGCUGGAACGCUUCCAACGCCCUCUGCCGGCGGAUCUGCUGGCGGAAAUCGAUGGCACCCGCUUCGGCGCCCGGUGCCCAACGUCACCGUUCGACUCGGGCAUGUCCGAGGACUGUCUCUUCCUCAACGUCUACACCCCAAAGGAAGCCCGCAAGUUGCCUGUCCUCGUCUUCAUCCACGGCGGUGGCUUUGUCUCCGGCUCCUCCAACGACAUUGAUGGCGAGGUGCUGGCGGCUGAGGGAGAUAUCAUCGUCGUCACUUUUAACUACCGCCUGGGUGUCCUGGGCUUCAUGUGCACUGGGGACAACUCCUCGCGGGGAAACUACGGGUUGUGGGACCAACGCAUGGCACUCAAAGUGUGA